AUGGUGCAUCAGCGAGAUCGCACCGCAGACAUCGUGGCUCACGUUAACUUGGGGAAGCUCUCCAUGAUCGAUCUCGCAGGAUCUGAGCGGGCAUCGCAGACCAACAACAAAGGCAUGCGCAUGAUUGAGGGCGCCAACAUCAAUCGUUCCCUUCUUGCUCUUGGAAACUGCAUUACUGCCCUGAGCUCUGCGGUCGCCUUCGUGCCCUAUCGCGACUCGAAGAUGACACGCUUGCUGAAGGACUCCCUGGGUGGCAACUGCCGAACGGUCAUGAUCGCCAAUGUCAGCCCCUGCCACCACAACUACGAGGACACGCACAACACUUUGAAGUACGCCAACCGUGCCAAAAACAUCAAGACGAAGGCUGUGCGCAACGUGGUGCAGGUCAACUACCAUGUCUCCAAGUAUACGGAGAUCAUCAAGGACCUUCGGAGCGAGAUCCAGGAGCUUAAGGCAAAGCUCGCCGAGCCUCCUGAGCCGAGCCUGGCCUCAGAGGCGAUUGGGGAUGAGGGCAGCGAGCUCGACACCACACAGAGCGUGAAGUGGAAGCAUGAGCUCAUGACGAACUUCGAGGAGCGCGUGCGAAUCAAGCGUCGCUUGAUCGACCUGGCACAUGAGACCAAGAAUCAGAUGGUGCAGAAAAGCCACGCCCAGGUCGGCAUCAGCCAAUGGGAGUCGGGCCGUCAGGUGCAGUCUGACAUCCCGGACGGCCAGCGUACACCGCCCAACAUCCAAGAGCUCCAGGAGCAGCUCAGAUUCAUCAAGAGGGAACUCUCCCGCACGGAGGAGACCACGCGGGUGCUGGAAGGAAUGCUGCACGAAAACCAAGAGAAAGCCGAACGCCUCCAAGCAGAGCUGCCGAGGCGUGUCAAGAACAAGGACAUGCGUGCCUUCCUUGGCUUGAUCUCCAGGAUCUAUGUGAUGGAGGUAGAGAACAUGGACAUGCAAGAAAUGGUAGAUGUUGCCGGGCCGUUGCUGGAACAGAAGGAGCUAGAAGCCGAAGCGCUCCGGCUCCAAAUCCAGAUGCGAGACCGGGUCAUAGAGGAGCAAGACAAGCUCCUGGCAGUGGAGGGGAAGGCCAUCCAGGGCCAGAACCUGUAG